CAAAUAAACAAAGACCCCUAAAGAAAAGAAAUAACCCUUCUUAGACCCUUUUGUGUCAGUGUUGAUUUGUUUUAGAAUUGAAUUGAGUUUAAUUUGUUGGCCAAUUCAAUUCUAAAACAAAUCAGCAAAUUGAUAGUAACAAAACACAUCACACAUUGAUGCAGUGUAAAACUGAAAGGAUAAAAUUGAUGCUAGAGCUGAACAAGCUUCAGUUUCUCAUGCUAACUCUGAAAUUAAUUCUGGAUCUGACAUCUAAUCACACUUAAAAGUUUUUUCACCUCUAUACAAGAAUGUGUUACCUGGGAAUCAAAUCCAGAUCUUUCCCUCAGGCCACAUACUCAAUUUUUUUUUUUUCUUAUUUUUCAGAGUUCGACACCUUCAUUGGAGUCUCCAAACUAACCUUAAAAAACUCACACUACCACUUAGAUUCCUUUCUUUCCUCACUGUCUCAGUCUCCAUCAUGCUCCCCGCCAUUUCUCUUCCAACCAACAUAACCGUCAAAACGAACAUAACCGCCACCUCCACACCCAGAACCACAAAUACACACAAACUCAAAACAACACCAUUUAACUCAACCCUAAAAUCUCUGUGCAAAUGGGGCAAUUUGGACAAAGCUCUUCGCCUAAUCGAAUCAUCGAAGCCCACACCCAUUGAAGAAGAAGAAGAAGAAGAAAGCAUCUCUCUCUUCCUCCACGCUUGCAUAUCCAGAAGGUCCUUGGAACAUGGCCGAAAACUCCACUUGCACUUGCUUCGUUCUCAAAACAGAGUCUUGGAGAACCCCACUUUGAAGACCAAGCUCAUCACGCUAUACUCUGUUUGUGGCAGAGUCAACGAGGCUCGUCGCGUGUUCCAAAUUGACGAUGAGAAACCCCCAGAAGAACCUGUGUGGGUAGCUAUGGCUAUUGGGUAUUCGAGAAACGGGUUCUCCCAUGAAGCUUUGCUUCUUUACCGUGACAUGUUAUCAUGCUGUGUGAAGCCUGGGAAUUUCGCGUUUUCCAUGGCCCUCAAGGCGUGUUCUGAUUUGGAUAAUGCGCUGGUUGGCAGAGCAAUCCAUGCCCAAAUUGUGAAGCAUGAUGUUGGAGAAGCUGAUCAAGUGGUGAACAACGCGCUUUUGGGGUUGUAUGUGGAAAUUGGGUGCUUCGAUGAGGUCUUAAAGGUGUUCGAGGAAAUGCCUCAACGAAAUGUUGUGUCUUGGAACACUUUAAUUGCUGGUUUUGCUGGUCAAGGUAGAGUAUUUGAGACACUUUCUGCUUUCAGAGUUAUGCAGAGAGAAGGAAUGGGGUUCAGUUGGAUUACUCUUACAACCAUGUUGCCGGUGUGUGCUCAAGUUACUGCACUUCAUAGUGGCAAGGAGAUACAUGGGCAGAUUCUAAAGUCUAGGAAGAAUGCUGAUGUGCCUUUGCUAAACUCAUUGAUGGACAUGUAUGCCAAAUGUGGAGAAAUUGGUUAUUGUGAAAAAGUGUUUGACAGAAUGCACAGCAAGGAUUUGACCUCAUGGAAUACAAUGCUAGCUGGAUUUUCAAUCAAUGGUCAAAUACAUGAAGCUUUGUGUUUGUUUGAUGAAAUGAUAAGGUAUGGCAUUGAACCAAAUGGGAUUACCUUUGUUGCCUUGCUGUCCGGUUGUAGCCAUUCAGGACUCACCAGUGAGGGGAAAAGGUUGUUUAGUAAUGUGAUGCAGGAUUUUGGGGUGCAACCAUCUUUAGAGCAUUAUGCCUGUUUGGUGGACAUAUUAGGCAGGUCAGGGAAAUUUGAUGAGGCAUUAAGCGUGGCAGAGAACAUUCCAAUGAGACCAAGUGGCAGCAUUUGGGGGUCAUUGCUUAACUCGUGCCGGCUAUAUGGAAAUGUUGCUCUAGCUGAAGUAGUUGCAGAGCGAUUGUUUGAGAUUGAACCUAACAAUCCGGGAAAUUAUGUGAUGCUUUCAAACAUAUAUGCAAAUGCAGGGAUGUGGGAAGAUGUGAAGAGGGUUAGAGAAAUGAUGGCCUUGACAGGAAUGAAGAAAGAUGCCGGAUGUAGUUGGAUACAAAUAAAGCAUAAGAUUCAUACAUUUGUUGCCGGAGGGAGCUCUGAUUUUCGUUGUUCUGCUGAGUAUAAGAAAAUUUGGAACGAGUUGUCAAAGGCCGUUAAGAAUUUGGGAUAUGUCCCUAACACGGGUGUUGUUCUCCACGAUAUAAAUGAAGAGAUGAAAGCAGUAUGGGUUUGUGAGCACAGUGAACGGCUUGCUGCUGUCUUUGCACUAAUCAACACUGGUGCUGGAAUGCCAAUUAGAAUCACCAAGAAUCUUCGGGUUUGUGUUGACUGUCAUUCCUGGAUGAAGGCUGUUUCAAAGGUUACAAGGAGACUAAUUGUAUUAAGAGACACAAACAGGUUCCAUCAUUUUGAAAAUGGCUCUUGUUCUUGUAAGGAUUAUUGGUGAACGACAACACCAUGAUGAAAAAAAUCAUUUGUUACUUCGUUUUCAAAGUUACUACUUUACAUUGGUGAUAAGUUCACGCUUAAUAAUUUCGGCUUCAAAUGAAAGAAAUAAAUUUUACACAAACUCAAGCUCCAGGUAAGUGUAAACUUUCAACUCAACAUGUGGGCAAUGGUUAGUUGCUUAAACACUAGAUCCAGAUCUUUACCUUAUAACUUUCAUCUGACACUGCUCAUACAACUGCUAAUCGUCAUUUUGUUCGGUUUAUAUUUCAUUCAAAUGUUUUCCGCAUUCAAAAAUGAUUUUAAGCAUGCCUUAUAUGCUCUCAUAUUUGAUAGCUAGUGAGAUAAAGAAAUAAUUGAGAAAAUGUUGGUAUGACAAGGUGAUGUGAAAUUAAGUGGGCAAUCCUCACAUGCUAUUGGAAAUUAAAGGGUGUCCAAGUAUAAUUGUUCUUACACAAUGCUAUUAUCCCAGGUAAAAAAAAAAACAAAAAGAAACCUACAUCACCGUCCUCAUUCCAUGUUUACCAUCGUAUUUUUCUUAUAUCCUAAGUAUCAUUGUUCUUCCACAAUAGCACAAACGCAUAAACAAACUGCAGGGGCAGAAACUAAAAUUGAUAUUAUCAAGCCACAUUAUGUCUCAACAAAAUUCGAAGUAACCCAACAAAAUUAGGAGUAAUUUGAUAACCUAGAAAAACAAGACUGAAUUGCAGAAACAAAAAA